AUUUCAUGGCCUGAGGCAGCCACAGCUCCAUCUGGAGCUUGUUCUUUUUCCUUCUCAAUAAAAAGAUAGAGCGAAUAAGUGAAGCAGAGAAAAAGAAAGAUAGCAGUGCAGGGUGAUGAGGAGGUUUUUUCGAGUGCAGAGAGAUGAAGAUUACAGUCAGAUUCAGUAUCUUACAGCCAAGUGCAGCCGUUUGGCACAGGAGAAAGCCGCAAUGGAGAGAGAGUGUGUGGUAUCCAGAGAGCGAGUACGGGUCCUGCAGGUGGAAUUGGAAGCUGUGUGUUUGCAGCUCCAUCAGAAAGAAAACACCAUCCAGGAGCUAGUCGAAAAACUCCAACACCAACAGCACGUUGUCAGCGCAAGUGAUGCAGCACUGUUAUCUGUUCACUUGGAGUCAAUAAACUCAGAACUGCAAUACCUACAGUCCACUGAGAAGCAGUUAAUAGGCUUUGUGGAAGAGCUCCACCAGCAGGCCCUGCAUGCAACUAAAAAGGCAGAGGGCCUGGAGGCGCAGCUCCAUCAAGAGGCCCAGCUUCAUGCCAAGCAUAGACAAAAUCAGCAGGAAGAGCUUGAGAGUAAGUCACAUGACCUACAGGAACUGCAGAAGGCCCAUGAUGCAUUGCAGCAGGAGCUAAGUGAACAGAACAGUGCCCACAAGAAGACAGUGAUAGAACUGCAGCAUGAAAACACAAUCAGCGUUCACAAACUCAGAGAGUUGGCCGAGCAGGUCGAGUGGUUGUGUGAACAACAACGCAACUGGAUAUGCUGCAUCAAAAGGUUUAAAGACUGCCUGAAUGAUGAGAAGGAGGCCCUGGUGCUGCAGGUGAACAGGCUACAGGAAGAAUUGCUUGAUCUUCGAAAGAACACAAAGUCUGAGGCAAUCAGUAGAGAAGAUACACUACCGAAAGUGCAUUGCAGCAGAUGGCACGUAGAUGCCAUGUUGGAUCUGCAGGUCGAGGCAGAUAAGUGGAAAGAAAGAUACCAGGAACUCUUUAACAAAUUCACAUCACACCAGGUGGACUGUCAUGAAGAUGGAUACCUAAAACCACCAUGAUGUUGACUGACAUCCUGCACUAUUUUAAAGUCAUUACUACUGCACAAGGGACAAUUCCUAACUUGUGACCUUUAAUAAAAUAAUGUCUGCAGAUUUA